AUGUCGUCCGUGGACUCCAAGAAACCAAAGAUCUUUACUGCAUCUGGUCCGCGGGCAUAUGGAGGAGGCCCUGUUCGCCAGUACAUUCCUGGAAUGGAGUACAAGUACUCGAAACACGAGGCUGUCCCACAACUCGAAGUUCACAGCAAGCACCAUCAGGACGCCAUGGAACACUUUCUCUACUGUAUGAGAGAGGUUGCGCUGCCUGCUCUCUCUCCUUACAAAGACGAAGACAAGUCGGUCAAUGAUACUGUUCAGUGGUUGGAAAAGAACGCCAACGUUCCCGCCAUCCCACCAACUCUCUUUGCAUUGACGGGCAACAGCGGCUCGGGAAAGACAACCACUCUCAACAAUGUCCUUGGCAUGUCCGGUCUUGCCAACGCUGAUGCUGCAAUGGAAAGUGUUACUCAGAAUCCACAGAUCUUCAACCAUGGAACCCGGGACUCUAUGUUCUUGGUUGAGGUUCUGUUUCUCAAUGGCCGAGCUAUCAAAAACCUAAUCAAGAGAUGUCUCAUCGAUCUGGUUGCUUAUGUCAGAUCCAUUUCAGGCGAUGAGGCCGAAGAAGAGAAUGACUACAUUCGCGAUUCCGCCGAGUCAAGCAAGCAAGUUUUCGACGACCUCUUCUCUCAUCAGGAUGGAUUGAAGAGCUUGGAUGAUGUCGAAGAAUUUCUGGAAGCCAAGAGCCUGCUCCCUGGAGAUGGUGAACAAAUCUCGGACUCGGCUGUGGAUGCUCUGUACCAGCAGAUCGUAGAUCGUGCUGCUUCCGAGGGCAUCGAUCUGGAUAUGCGCAAGCUCAGGUAUACUGCAGGAAACAAGGGAGAACUGCACGCAAAGAACACCAGAUUCGCUGAGCGCGGAGCAUUCGCACCUCUUGUCAGCAGCAUUCGCACAAAACUUUACUCACCUCUGCUCGCAAUGGGUAUCGAAUUUGCAGACUUGCCUGGAUACACGGACACCAACAUCCAUCUACGCAAGACAUCAAUGGCAUAUUCAGUCAACUGCCCAAAGGUCAUCUUCGUUGCUGAUCUCUCAAGAUGCUUGACAACUCCUGAGUUGGAGAGGAGCUUGAGAGAUACCAUCAAGCUGAAGGGCGCGGAAAAUGUCUGCUUGGUACUCCGCGGCAAAGAGGUCGAAUCUGCUCAUCUCGAGGCUCUUGAAAAGUCUCUUCAGGCUGCAAAGCUUCGACUGGACAACGAGGAUGAUGAGAGUCUCAAGCUGCAAGCGAAAGCUGAUGUCCAGGCCAUUGAACGCCAGAUCUUCGAGUACAGAAUUGCCGUCCGCGACCGUAUUGUCACCGAUCACUUUACUCAGAAGAAGUAUCAGAACAAACACGACUCUGGCAAGAUUCGUGUCAUCACUGUCGCCAACAAGUGUCAUGAACACUACAUGAAUGGCUCCAACAAGGCUGUUCUUUCUUUCGACAAGACAGGUAUCCAAGAACUUCGGGCAUACAUGUGCGAGACACCCAGCAGAGACCGUGUUCGAGCUUUUGCACGCCACUCCGCAAACUGUAUCACCAAGAUGCGCCGCAUCGCCAUCUGGGCCGACGGACCCAAGAUGCCUCCUCGCGAUGCUGCCAUGGCACUCUUUGAGCAGCAUACACGCUGGGGCAUUGAGGGACGCAAAGUUUCGUUGAUCAAAGCCGCGACGCAGUACAAGAAGCUCUUGAACACCCGCUUCUCUAGCACAUGGGCUGACGCCGCUCAAAAGAUCAUUGACAGCUGGACUGUCAAAUACGCCGCUCGUACCCAGGGUGUCUUCAUUCGUCAAGGAGGAAGACACAACCCGAAGAUCAAGGGUUCCAAGAGCAAGAAACCGGAACUUGUCUCUUGGAUCGAGGAUCUUCUAUCUGUUGUCGAAGAUGAUGUCCCUAGCCUUCUCAAGUCAACCUGGGAUGCCAUCAACGAGGCCGAUGGUAGCAUCUGUGAAAACAUUUGCGAAGUCGUCGAGAAGAUCCGCCAUGGUCUUGAGAUGCUGGACACUAUUGGUGGUGCCAACCUGGAAGGUGUUUUUGAACUUUUCGAGGACGAGAGAAAGAUCUGCACUCGCGAUAUCAAGGAGGGUGUCAUUGAGCUCAAGACCGAUCUGAGAUCGGUUGCAUUGGAGUCUAUCUCUGACGAACCUUACGACGAAGGUUCGCCUAUCUUUGUCAAGGAGAUGCACAAGAUCUUCACUACUGCCUUCUCAAAGUUCCCGCCCGGAACCAAGAACGUCACCAAGGAGCGCAUGAAGUCCAUCAGAGAGCAAGUCAUCAGCGGCAAAGGACCUUACAGCAUGAUGUCCAACGAGAUCUCUACCAAGUUGGUUCCAGUCAUUGACGCCUGGGCUGACAAGACCACUGCACGCAUUGAGAAGAUGCACGCAGACCUCCGCGAUGUUCUCUUCAAAUCUUUUGAGGGAAAGAAGAUGUCUGACGCCAGACGUGAGCAGAUUGCUCCACGCAUCAAGGUCGCCAUGGAGAAGGCCAGAGCUGUUCUUCAAGCCGAUCUUGAUGGCUAUGCAGCCGAUAUUCUUUGA